AUGCAGCGACAGGUGGAUAGCAGGACGACGGUGAAAGUGAUGGAUAAGUUUUUGAAGAGGAAAAAUGCUGACUCUGAACUGGACCCUGGACAAAAUCCGGACCCAGAUGAAGGCCCUAGUAUGAGUGGAGGUCAAAAGAAAGCAAAGACGUCCAGCAAAGUUUCUGGCGCGAGGCAAUACAACGAAAGCUAUCUUGCAUUUGGAUUUACUUUUACCGGAGAUGCAACGGCACCGACUCCGUUGUGCUUGGUAUGUGGUGAAAAGCUCUCCAACAGUGCUAUGGUCCCAAGUAAGCUUAAACGCCAUCUCCAAACGAAACACCCUUCACUUCAAAACAAAAAUGUGGAGUAUUUUGUUCGCCUGCGUGAACACACGGAUAAACAAGCAACUUUCAUGAGAAAAACCGCAAAGGUAAACGAGAGAGCCCUCAAAGCUAGCUACCACGUCGCUGAACUUGUGGCUAAAUCAAAAAAGUCCCACACUGUGGCAGAGCAAUUAAUACUUCCCGCCUGCAAAGCCAUUGUAAAUGAGAUGCUCGGACCCGAAGCGGCUAAAGAAAUAGCCAAAGUCCCUCUCUCAGAUAACACAAUUUCCAGACGUAUUGAUGAUAUGUCUGCAGAUAUCGAAAGUGUGGUUUUGGACAAGAUCCGUAUCAGUAAUAAAUUUGCGUUGCAACUUGAUGAGUCUACUGAUAUAAGUGGACAUGCUCAACUCUUGGCCAAUGUGCGUUUUGUAGAUGGAGACACAAUCAGAGAAAACUUUUUAUUUUGCAAGGCUUUGCCAGGAAAAACAACAGGAGAGGAAAUUUUUCGGGUCACAUCAGAAUAUCUGGAAAAAGGAGGACUUAAGUGGGAAAACUGCACGAGUGUCUGCACUGAUGGAGCUGCAGCCAUGGUCGGGCGCACCAAAGGCUUUGUAAGCAGAGUGAAGGAAAAAACCCCAGAUGUGAUCAUUACGCACUGUUUUUUACACCGCGAAGCCCUCGUAGCCAAGACUUUACCAGCAGACCUCGUUCCUGUGUUGGAUGAUGUUGUGCGCAUGGUAAACUUUGUGAAGUCACGACCUGUGAAAAGUCGCAUAUUUGCGGCUUUGUGUGAAGAAAUGGGAGCGGAGCAUAAAGCCUUGCUGUUUCAUACGGAGGUCCGAUGGUUGUCGCGCGGCAAGGUGCUGGCCCGUGUGUAUGAGCUGCGAGAGGAACUUAAAGAGUUUCUGACAAAUGAGGGGUCCGACUACGCAAAGCUGCUUGCAAGUGAUGAGUGGUGUGCAAGGCUGGCAUACCUGGCAGAUAUUUUUCAUCAUCUGAAUGAACUGAACACACGAAUGCAAGGCCGAAAUGAAAACCUGCUUACAACCUCCACGGAGUGCCUUGACUGGGUUAGGAACCCAUUCAGCUCAGCAUCAGCUGUUGGAAAGGACAUGACUUUACAGGAGCAGGAGGAGCUAACUGAACUGAGACAAGAUCGUGGUCUCAAGCUAAGCUUUGCUGAUCUACCUUUGGACAGUUUUUGGUUGGCAGCUGUCAAGGAGUUCCCCAUGCUGGCCAACAAAGCUAUUUUGACAUUGCUCCCAUUUUCCACAACAUACCUGUACACCUCCCACCUUUCCGCCCUCCCCUCUUCCUCCCUCCAGUUCUCUUUCAAUCUCACAGAACUCUGUGUCUUUGUAACUUCUAUCACCACUGCUAGAAGACAAGAAGUGAAGAGUAUUGUGGGAGAGUCUUUCACAUUUGGUGUUCAGGUGUCUGAAUCUGAUACCCUGCAGUAUGAAGGACAAUUUGCACAGGCUUUUAAAGGACAGAGUUACACAGAAUUCGAACAGGGACGAAUAGGAUACUGCGACCGUUGA